CACUCAUGGCUUCUCUCAUAACACCGACACACAGCUCCAAAAUAUCUUUCUUCUUCUUCAAGUAUUAGAACACAAUGCAGAAGAGUGGUUCGUCUUCCGUACUGGGUCCGGGCGGGCUAGACCUAUCCCAGGCCUUCUUCAAGCCUGUUCAGAACACUGCCCCACCCUCUCCCACCAAGCGCCAAACCAAGAUCUCCGUCAUUGGCACCGGCAACGUCGGCAUGGCCAUCGCUCAGACCAUACUCACUCAAGAUCUCGCCGAUGAACUCGCUUUGGUUGAUGCUAUUCCCGAUAAGCUCCGUGGCGAGAUGCUCGACCUCCAGCACGCCGCCGCCUUCCUCCCCCGCACCAACAUCCGCGCAUCCGUGGACUACUCCGUUACCGUGGGAUCCGAUCUAUGCAUCAUCACUGCCGGUGCCCGCCAGAACCCCGGUGAAUCUAGGUUGAGCUUGCUGCAGAGGAAUGUCUCUCUGUUCUCCAAGAUAAUACCUCCGCUUGCAAAGCACUCUCCCCAUGCCAUCCUCAUGGUUGUUUCUAAUCCGGUCGAUGUGCUUACGUACGUCGCAUGGAAGUUGUCCGGGUUCCCGGUAAAUCGGGUCAUCGGUACGGGCACGAAUCUCGAUUCGUCCCGAUUUAGGUUCCUGAUCGCUGAUCAUCUCGACGUCAACGCCCAGGAUGUACAGGCCUACAUUGUCGGGGAACACGGAGACAGUUCAGUGGCACUAUGGUCUAGCAUUAGUGUUGGUGGAGUGCCAAUCUUGAGCUUUCUGGAGAAGCAGCAAAUCGCUUAUGAGAAGGAGACAUUGGAGAAAAUUCACAAAGAAGUCAUCAACAGUGCUUAUGAAGUGAUUAGUCUUAAAAACUACACGUCCUGGGCAAUUGGGUACUCAGCUGCUAGCCUGGCGCGAUCAAUACUCAGAGAUCAAAGGAAAAUCCACCCAGUUUCAGUCCUUGCAAAAGGAUUUUAUGGAAUUGAUGGUGGUGAUGUGUUUCUGAGCUUGCCUGCUCAGCUAGGUAGGGGUGGUGUUCUUGGGGUCACCAAUAUUCACUUGAACGAGGAGGAGGCUCAACGUCUGCGAGACUCAGCCAAGGCCAUCCUGGAAGUGCAAAGCCAAUUGGGCCUUUGAGAAAUCUAAACCCUAACCCUUUACAUAUUGAAAAUCGCAUAAUCAUGUCUAAUACAUUUAAUUGAUACGACUCUGUUUCAAUAUUAGUCAAAGAAUGUUGGUCGAUUAAUUCUGUUUUUAGUUUACUUUCAAUAAUGGAGUGCCACGUGUGCAUCUUGUUAGUAUAAUAAGAGGCGGUUAUCAUUUGUACGGGGUUAUGAAAUGAAAUAUGAUGAAUUACCUUUUCUGUUA